CAGCCAUAUUUGAUUCGAUUAUGCUGUUCUGGCUGCGACAACCAGUUUAGCCUGACAAGAAAAAAAAGGUCUUUUUCCUCUCUACGAGCUCAGCUUUACGGUUAACUAGCGACGAAAUCCAGCUGCAUUCACAGUAACAACAGUUUAUAACCUGUAGUCAACGAUGAAUCCUGAAUAUGACUAUUUAUUCAAACUCCUCCUUAUCGGUGACUCUGGUGUUGGAAAGUCUUGUCUCCUUCUCCGGUUUGCAGAUGACACGUACACAGAGAGCUACAUUAGUACCAUCGGCGUGGACUUCAAGAUCAGGACCAUCGAGCUGGACGGAAAGACCAUAAAACUUCAGAUUUGGGACACGGCCGGCCAGGAACGGUUCCGGACCAUCACAUCCAGUUACUACAGAGGAGCUCACGGCAUUAUAGUAGUUUAUGAUGUGACAGAUCAG